AUGUUCGAUGCCAGCGCUGUCGACGCCAUUCGCACGACGAAGCAGGGCGAAAAGAAGCGACAGCCAGAGCAAGGCCGAGGUCCAAAACCCGAGGUGCCGAUGGGAGAGCGGGUCCAGGAGGUUAAGGAGAUCCAGGAGGUCAAGAAGCCCCCUGACACGCCGCCACCUGCGGAAGAUGCAGCUGGAUCGACAGACUUGCCAAAGGAGCCUGUUCGACUGACUGCACCACAGAACGCGGAGAAGACGGACCCCAACGAAGCGAUUCCUCAAAAGCUCGCCGACGAGGCUGCGCAGCAGAACGCGGAGGAAUCCCUGGGCCCCAGACUCAUGGAUGACCAGCUCUUCUUGGACAUGGAGAAGGCCGGCGACCACGAAGAGCCCUUGCGGCCAAGACUGCAGUGCUGGGACUUCCCAGGGCAAAAUGUGUACGCCCAGUGCAACCUUCUGUAUUUUCACGGUCGAGGCAUUUAUUUGGCUUUUGUGGACGUUAGCCAGGAGUUGGACGAUGCUUGGCCCGAGCUGCGGUUCUGGCUCUGGGCUGUUGCCCAGUACGCGUUCGAUGACAAUGCUCCAGCGCGCGAGAGCACUGCAGCUCCGCCAGUCCUGUUGGUUGCCACAAAGUGGUCGAAGAAGCGGCUGGACGAGCAGGACCUGGACAGCCGUGUGGACUCAUUUCUCGAUUUUCUGCCAAGGCUGAAAAGCCAGCUUCAGGCGGGACCUGGAGUUUCUCAGUCAUGCCGCUCCAGGUGGGUCUACCCGGUUGAAAACUUCGCAGAGGAUGUGGAGAGCUACAUCACACCGCUCCGGGAGAGGCUGAACGAGCUCGCUGCAGAGUUGCUUCUGCCUGCAAGGCAAGAUGCAGUGAACAAGAAAGCCUAUGCUGGCCUGCAGUCGACGACGUACCCAGUGGCGUGGCUCAGGGCUCACGACCUUCUCACUGGCCUGGGGGAUGGCAUGGACGUGACAAUCCCAAGAGCACAACUGCAAGCACAUCUGCAGCGCACCGAGAGGCAUAGUGGACCUGCCACAGCCGAGCCGAGUAUGGGAGACAGCGACUUGCUAGAACCGAACUCCAGCUUCACUUUGAAGUCUGACGAACCCAUGCUGACCCGUAUUGGGGAGAGGAUCCUUGUGCCAAAGGGCGCGCGUGUCCAAGUCCUGGGAAGUUCUGAUGACACUGGCGAUGUUCUCCUCUUAAAAGUCUCAUGCACUUCUCUGGGACUGUCGCAAGUGCGGAGUCUUUUGGGUGGGAUGAAGCCACGACCAAUCGUUGGAGAAGAUGUGCCGAAGGUGUUGAGCUUGCUGCAUGGCCUGGGUGUCCUUUUCUGGUUUUCCGAGGAAGGGCUGAACGAGAAUGUCCUAUUAGCGAUCCGCAAAGUGGCUGUUGCGUUGACUCGGAUCAUCAGCUUACGCUUCUGGGCCGAGAAAGGGCUCCAGCACUCAGAGACCUACAAAACGGAGCUGUUCUCGUGUGUGUCGGCCACCAGCCGUCGUAGACUGAACACCGAAGGCUUUGUGAAUCGAGAUGUCCUUCAAAAGCUGUGGGCAGAAGACUUCGGCCAAAGCGAUAUUCAGUCAAUGACCAACAUGGUGCUCAAGAUCAUGGAACACAAGGGCCUUGUCUUGAAGCGCGCCUUCCAGAACGAUUUCGUUGUGCCUUGUUGCCUACCAGCAGCAGUAGUGCCGCAGUCAGCACGAGAAGCCUGUGAAGUCUGCUACCUGAACUUGCAUGGCCUGGUCACACCCAGCAUCCUGUCACAAACGGCAGAUCUGAUAUGCAAGAGUAGCCUGAGUAGCCGUGGAUCUCGGAAGUUGAGCCCGGGUCCUCCACAGAUAUUCCGAAACUAUGUUGAGCUGAGUUCCGAGCAGACGCUGAUUAGCAUGUCUCUGUCGCCUGUAGACGGCUUUCAGCUACUUCGAGUCCGAGUGACGUCAUCACCGUCGCCCAGCCAUCUGUCCGAAGAGGAUGCAGAAGAAUAUCAAUCUCGGUCUGAGACGAAAGCCAACGAACUGAGCCGCAUCAUUGACCUCUUCUUUGACUGUCUCGGCAUUGCGAAGCAGAUGCAAAGCAAACUUGUCGUUACCAGCGGAGCUACGGACUUCGACCCACAGCUGUUCCUGGACGGACGGAAGCCGUCCGAUGUCGGUUUCUUGAAGCAGCGGUUCUUGCCGGACCUGAGUCUUGUCCUGGCCAAGGUUGUACGCAGUGUUUGCGUUCUCAGUGACGUUCGUCCUGCGGGAAGCUUCCGAUUCAGCACAAUGCUCUAUCCCUGCGAUGUGGACAUGGAGGAGUAUGUUGUGGCUGUGGAAGCCGAUCAAAAUGCUGCGCUGGGCCGCCUCGUGGAGUGGCUGAAGAUUGUGGGCACACGAUGUGAAGAAAGAAAAAUCUAUUGGGGUGGCUUGAAAGCAGGUGAGGAUCCGAUGAAGCCAGGGAAGGUUCUGACAUGGAGCACGGACGAGAUAUCGAAUGGCAAGAAAGUCUGUGCGGUCGGAGGUCGGCAACAGACGGUCCCAUUCGACCAGGCCCUCAAAGAGGGCAACAAGUCCCGAACCGCUUUCAUUACGAUCUUUGCAAAAGUCAGCUUGUUUAGUGGUCAAACCUCUGCAGAGCGGUUCUUCGAAAUUACUAACGUCAUCCGGUUCGGGCAUGUGCUCAAGGGCCAGAUCAUGCCUGUCACAAAGGAGUACGACUUCCUGGAGGUUCUGGACGGAUGCUCGUUCAGCUAUUGUGGUAAAACUCCGAAGGCUAUGAAGUAUGUUAAACGCCUUUGGGAACGGGCAGUUUAUCUGGCUCAACGAAACAUGGCCGUUGAGGAGUCCCUGAUCAUGCUCAAGGUUCUGCAGCCCAUCUUUGGCCAUUGGGUGGCGGAACUGGCCCAGAUCGCGGCCCAUGCCGAGACGCUACAUUCAAUGCUGCAGAAGGGCUUCAAAGAUGCAGUGCUAUCCGACAUGGAGGUUUUCGGUGCAAGUCUGGAGGACAUGGACCAGAGGAUGCUCAGCGUGAGGGAGACCGACUCUGACAAGACUUGGGUGAGGGCCGCGGCGUCCGAUGUCCUGGAGACCAUCGAGUAUCUCAUCCUGCACCUCCCACAAGUUUCCAAAGAUGAUGGCGGGCUUGGUCACCUGCUGGAAGAGGCAGCGGAACUUCUCGAUGCUUGCGUUGAGUGCACUCUGAACCAGUGGUUGGGAAGCAUCACGGCAAUCACCAGACCUCUCCAGGAAGACUGGGCGUUUCCUUCGUGCCACCUGCCCAUCGGAGCUACCGUCGGCUCCAGCUUUGUGUGCUCAUGGAACUUGCGGAGCCUGGAUGGCUGUGGUGCCGCCGCCUGGAGCGACGAAGAGCGUCAACAGCGCAUCGUCGACAUGGUCUUCCAGAUUGUCUUGCAUCCGACCUUGCAUUCGACAAAGCGCAAAGACGUUCUCUGCCUCCAAGGAUGCUGGCAAAAGCUGCUAGAGCAAAUUGACCACCAAUUGAAGCAGACACGGAAGGAGUUUGACAUGGUAUGUACCGGAAGAGACGCCGACACAGACUGUCAGCAGGCCAUCAUCUACUGCAAAGAUACCGUGGUGCUGAAGGACUUUGCCAGUGAACAGCUUUUCCCAGCUGACCGGAAGCGAUUGUUCCCAGCAGACCGGAAGAAGGCUGUGGCAGUGGCUCAGUUUCUCCUCAAGGAUGAGUCUCGACAGCUUCGAAUCAUCACAGCGCAUCUUCCCGUCGAGCCGUUUGGCCUUGCACGCCGCGCACUCUGCGACUGCGUUCGAAGGCUCCAUGCAGACGAUCCGGCCCACAUCCCAUCGCUCCUCCUGGGCGAUCUCAGCGUCCAGGAGCAGGCCAUUGGCCCUCUGCUGAAGCACCAUGCCAAUGUUCCGCAUGUCGAGUUCGCGUCGAUCCCAUAUCCGACAGCAACCUUCAAGGGCUCGCUGCUUCCGAACCGGACGGACACCAUCGUCUCUCUUUCGGAUGAUCUCAAGGCAAAGCCGCUGGAAGCUCACGAGGUCGUCGCAGGCUUGGAGAAGCACGUGGAGCUGCUCAAGUCGAGGUGUCUGGGACUGGCUGAUUGGGACACAGAUGGAAGCUUCGCGAACAUGUGCAAGGCCUUCCAAGCGCCCGACUGCGGCCUCUUCCUGCAGGAUGUCGGAGGCCAUGCCACGCCCUUUCCAAGCAAGGUUGAGAGCCUGUUGCGAAUCGAAGAGAUCCCGGAAGAGCUGAAGGUCGCGGGUAUCCUCGACGGAUACCUGCGUAGGAGCAUGUUCGAUGCCAGUGCCGUCGACGCCAUUCGCGCAACGAAGCAUCGUGAAAAGCGACAGCCAGAUCCGAACACCGUGGUGUGGAUGGCAGUGAAGGAGGACCUCGACAAGCCAGCACCUGCCGAAGAUGCAGCUGGAUCGAGAGGCCUGCCAAAGGAGCCUGUUCGGCUCAAUGUGCCACAGAAUGCGGAGGAGGCGAAUCCCAACGAAGAGAUUCCUCAAAAACUCGCGGACGAGGCCGAGCCCGAAAACAGAGAGAAAGGGAGUACGAUACAGAGAUAUGCUUUUCGCAUGGAAACAGGUAGGAGCGAUAGUAUGGGCUUCAGCUGCUACCAGGCUGCGCAGCAGAACGCGGAGGAAUCCCUUGGCCCCAGACUCAUGGAUGACCAGCUCUUCUUGGACAUGGAGAAGGCCGGCGACCACGAAGAGCCCUUGCGGCCAAGACUGCAGUGCUGGGACUUCCCAGGGCAAAAUGAGUACGCCCAGUGCAACCUUCUGUAUUUUCACGGUCGAGGCAUUUAUUUGGCUUUUGUGGAUGUGAGCCAGGAGUUGGACGAUGCUUGGCCCGAGCUGCGGUUCUGGCUCUGGGCUGUUGCCCAGUACGCGUUCGAUGACAAUGCUCCAGCGCGCGAGAGCACUGCAGCUCCGCCAGUCCUGUUGGUUGCCACAAAGUGGUCGAAGAAGCGGCUGGACGAGCAGGACCUGGACAGCCGUGUGGACUUAUUUCUCAAGUAUGUGCCAAGGCUCAAGCGCCAGCUUCAAGCAGGACCUGGAGUUUCUCAGUCAUGCCGCUCCAGGUGGGUCUACCCGGUUGAAAACUUCGCAGAGGAUGUGGAGAGCUACAUCAAACCGCUCCGGGAGAGGCUGAACGGCUUGACUACAGAGCUGCUUCUGCCCGCUAGGCAAGAUGCAGUGAAGAAGAAAGCGCAUGCUGGACUACAGUCGCAGAAGUAUCCGGUGGCAUGGCUUCGGGCUCAUGACCUUCUCACUGGACUGGGAGACGGCAUGAAAGUCAAGGUACCAGAGGCGCGACUUCGGGAGCAUCCGGAAGAAAGCAUGAAAGCCAAGGAUCUCCGAGCACCGAAGAUUAGCAUCAAUUUGAAGUCUGAUGAACCCAUGCUCACCUUGUUCCAAAAGGUCUCGUGCACGUCGCUCGGACUUUCGCAAGUGAAGACUCUGCUGGCUGGCCUUCGGCCAAGUCCAGUCGUGGGUGAAGACGUGCCCAAGGUGUUGAGCCUGCUGCAUGGCCUGGGCGUUCUUUGCUGGUUUCACGAGGCAGGCUUGAAAGAGAGCGUGCUGCUAGCAAUCCGAAAAGUGGCCGUGGCUUUGACUCGGAUCAUCAGCUUGCGCUUCUGGACCGAGAAAAACCUCCAGCACUCUAAGGCCUACAGGGAGGAGCUCAUGGAAUGCGUGUUGGCUACGGGCCUUCGGAGACUGAACACGGAAGGCCUGGUGAAUCGAGGUCUUCUUGAGAAGUUGUGGAGAAAGGAUUUUGCGCAAGAUGAGGCACCGGGAAUGACAGACAUGAUUCUCAAGAUCAUGGAGCAGAAGCAGCUGAUCUUGAAGCGCGCCUUCAAGGAAGACUUCAUUGUACCGUGUUGCCUACCCACAGCAUUACUGCCAGACUCAGAGCAAGAAGCUUGCGAAGUUUGCAACCUCAAUGUGGAAGGCCUAGUUUCACCAGCGAUCCUGGCACAGAUGGCAGACAAGAUAUGCAGGAUCGGGCACGGAUCGCAGAAGUUGAGCCCGGGACCCCCGCAAGUUUUCCGCAACUAUAUGGAGCAGUAUGUGGAGCUGAGUUCGGAAAAGGCGCUGAUCACGAUGUCUUUGUCACCUGCCGAAGGCAUGAAGCUACUUUGCAUUCGCUUCGCGUCGCCAUCGUCCAGCCCUUUGUCAGAAGAUUCGCAAGCAGCGAAAUCCCGAGCUGAGACAAGAGCCAAUGAGGUUAAGCGCAUCGCAAAUCUGUUUCUUGAUUGCCUGGGCAUUGAGAAGGAGAUGAGAAGUGCUGGCGGCAACGGAACUAUUCGAUGUCGGUCUCUUGAGGCAGCGUUCUCUUCCAGAAGCUUCCGGUUCACUGCGAUGCUCUAUCCCUGCGAUGUAGACAUGGAAGAAUAUGUUGUGGCUGUGGAAGCCGAUCGGCAGGAGGCACUGUGCCGCCUGGUGCAGUGGCUGAAGGACGUUAGUAAGAGAUGUGAAGGCCAAGCGAACAUCCUCUGGGGAGGAUUGAAGGCCGGAGAGGAUCCAGCGGAUUCUGGGAAGGUGCUGACCUGGAGCACCGACGAGUUGCAGAAGGGCGAGAAGGUGCGUGACCUCAGUGGUGGGAAGGAAAGGAUCCCCCUGGAGAAGGCUCUGGAACGGGGCAACAAGUCGCGGACUGCAUUCAUCACGACGUUUGCAAAGGUCCCUUUAUUCAAGGAUGGAGCGUCCGUGUCUCGUUUCUACGAGAUUACGAACGUCAUCCGCUUUGGCCACGUGAGCAACGGCCAAGUCCUUCCCAUUACCAAGGAGUAUGACUUCCUCGAGGUAGUGGAUGGCGGGCUCUACAGCUAUUCUGGAAAAACUCCCAAGGCAAUGAAGUACGCCAGACCCUCAGCUGAUGCUCUUUACUGCAGGCCCUCCGCCCAGGCAUGUUUGCGUGCGCAGGCAUCUGAGGUGAAGCGGCUGUGGGAAAAGGCAGUUUUCCUGGCACAGCGCAACAUGGCCGUCAAAGAAUCCGUUGUCAUGCUCAAGGCUCUUCAGCCGAUAUUUGGCCACUGGGUGGCGGAGCUGGCCCAGAUCGCGGCCCAUGCUGAAACCCUGCACGCGAUGCUGGAGAAGGGGUUCAAGGAGCCAGCUCUAUCCGACCUGGAGGUUUUCGGUGCCAGCCUGGAGGCCAUGAAGGAGAAGAUGCAAGGGAUCAACACCGAGGUGCCAGAGAUCGACUCGGAGAUGGGCUGGGAGCCGGCGGCAGCAUCCGAAGUUCUGGAGAUCUUGGGUCACCUCAUCGGGCGCUUGUCUCAAGAUUCAGCUCAGGGCGGCCAGCUGGAGCAGAAGCUGAAACAGGCACAAGACCUUCUGGAAGGAUCCGUGGAGUGUGCUUUGAACCAGUGGCUGGGAAGCUUCAAGACGCCGAUCACUCGAUCUCUCCGUGAGCAAUGGGAGUUUCCCUCGCGCCACCUGCCGAUUGGGGCCGAAGUUUUAUCCAUCCGCGUCUGCUCGUGGCAUGUGCAAAGCUUGAGCAGCUCUCGCAUCGCUCUUCGAGAUCGUGAAAGCCAUCAGCAAAGCAUCUUCAAGUUGGUUUUGCAGAUGCUCCGGCACCCGACACGCCGAAAGCACGUCCUCUGCCUCCAAGGAUGCUGGCAAACGCUGCGGGAACAACUUGACCAUGAGUUUAGGCAUACACGGGAAGCCUUCGGCAUAGUACAUACUGGGAGUGAUGAGCCAGACAGCCAGCAGGUCAUCAUAUACGACAAGGAGGCUCUGGAGCUCAAGGACUUUGCGGCCGAGCAACUUCUGCCAGAUGACCUGGCGAAGGCCGUGGCAGUGGCCCAGUUCCUCCUCGAGAAGGAAGCUCUCCAGCUUCGAAUCAUAGCAGCGCAUCUUCCGGCGGAGCCUUUCGGCCUUGCUCGUCGUGCACUCUGCGACUGCGUCGGAAGGCUUCACGUCGCUGACCCGGCUCAGAUCCCAACGCUCCUCCUGGGCGAUUUCAGCGUGCAGGAGCAGGCCGUCGGCCCUCUGCUCAAGCACCAUGCCAAAGUUCCUCAUGUCGAGUUCGUGCCGACCGUGUAUCCCACGGCCAUCUUCGAGGGCUCCUUGAUUCCGAAGCGGACGGACUUGAUCGCCUUACUUUCCAAGGAGCUACAGGCAACGCCGCUGGAAAGUGACGACGUCCUCGCGGGCUUGCGUGAGCACGUGGACCUGCUCAAGUCGAGGUGUCUCGGGCUGGCCGAUUGGAAUUCGGAUGGAAGCUUUUUCUACGUGCCCACUUCGAGCGCGAGAGGUCCUCCGGGCCCUCCGGCUGGUGACAUCAAUGAAGAUCAGGCCAAUCCUGAUGCCGGUGAAGCCCCACUUCGCGAAGCUGGCGAUGUCUCGCACGAGGCUUUGCCAAGACAGCCCGGCGAAGCCUUCCGAUCUGGCUGGACAAGAGCAUUGAAUAGCUGUCGUUGCGUAGUCGCCUAG